GGCAGCUCGCGGUCCCUGCAGCCCAAAGCGGGGGCGCAGCAAGCGGAAAACAGGUGAUUGCUUUUCUCUGCUCACUCUUGGAAGCCCUGCUCCCCACACAGCGACACCAGACAUCCAAGUUCUUCAAUGGACGAAGAAGGCGACCUGAUCCAGCCUCAAGAUCAGAGCUGCUGGGCCACCCUGCCAGAUGUGUGCCUGCGUCGUGUUUUCUGGUGGCUGGGAGACAGGGACCGGUCCAGGGCAGCCCUGGUCUGCAGGAAAUGGAACCAGAUGAUGUCUUCGGCUGAUCUCUGGCGCCAUCGGACCAUCACCUUCAGUGGAAGACCUUCCAGGGCACAUGCAUCAGAGUUUGAGUCCGCUCUGUGGUAUGUGAAGAAAUUUGGUCGUUACCUGGAACAUCUGGAGAUCAAGUUUCUGAAUCCAUACAAUGCUGUCUUAACCAAAAAGUUCCAGAUCACCAUGCGAGGCUUGCUCGCAUGCCUGGGCAAGAGUAACAGCCGCCUGAAGUCUCUCUCCAUCCAGCACCUGGAGAUGGACCGUCUGGUCUGGAGGAACAGUAUCAGGAACUCCCUCAUCAAGAGCUUGAGCUUCUUCCUCAAGAAGAUGGGCAAGCAUCUGGAUCAGCUCAGCCUGAAGGGAGCCAGGCUGACGGUGGAGCAAGGCUGUGGGGUCCUCACCUCCCUGAGCUACCUGAAGAACGCCAGCAUGGCCUCGGAGCUCAACAUCGAAGAUUUCUUCAGCCACCAUCUAGCUGUCUACAGCAGCCCCCAGUUCCACAAGACCAUGAACACGUUCCACAACCUCACAUCCCUGACGCUGAACUACAACUGUAUCUCUGACGAGCUGCUGGAGAGCCUCGGUGAGAACAAUGCCAGCACGCUCGGCACCAUGAACAUAAAAUGCCACAUUCAUGACCCCCAUGGGCAGGUGGUCUGGGGCAUGUCCUGGGCCAAGCUGGCAAAGCAGGCCAGCAACCUGAAAGUGAACUUCUUCUUUGAACGGGUCAUGAAAUAUGAGCGUUUGGUUCGGAUUCUCCUGCAAGAGAUCCCAGUGAGGAGCGUCAGCCUCCGAAGCUGCUACUUCAGUGAUCCGGACUGGUCUAUGCGGCCCACGCUCACCGACCUCCUGCCCACCUUCCGGUACACUCUGCAGAAAUUAACUUUUGAGUUCAACAAUAACCACGAGUCACUUGAUGAGGAGCUACACCUCCUCAUCCUGUCCUGCAGAAAGCUUUUCUACUUCAAAAUCUGGGCUUUCCUGGAUGUCAGGUUUGUGGAGCGGAUCCUGAAAAGCCAGGAGGAGGGGCAGUGUUCCUUGCGCACGCUUAAGGUGAGAAUAUAUACUAACAGAUAUGAGACAAAUGAAGAGGACAGGACCCUGCGGGAAAUUUACAGGAGGUACAGAAAGCUGAUUGAUUCAGAGCUGAACUAUUUUGUCAUCGCCUAUCCCAUGAUGUAGUGAGCACUCUCUAGAGGAAGAAACCUAAGUGCGCUUUGAACCCGAAAACCUGGUUCCUAAAGAACUACACCUGGAGCACCCCAAACCUCUGUCUUCUCUCUCCUUUUGGCCAGUUCCACACCAACACGAACAGCCUGGCAAAGGCUGGGACUGUGGUGGUGGAUGGCCUGGGUGACUUUAAAGUGCCAUCUUUACCAACUCUCUGGGGGUGAUUGCUUUUUGUCAUGUGCUUUUACUUUUUGUCACCCUCAGCCAUUGAGAAAGAACAAAGCCAAAGCAGUUUCCCUACUAGCGAAGGCUGACUCCUGCUCGCCUGGGUUCCUGUCAGGCAGCCUGUGGGCAGAUAGAAACCAUGACCUGCCUUACCCAUUUAGAAAUGGCAUCCCUCCUGCUG